AUGGCUCAGCUCAGCCUCGGUCGCGGCGUCCUAGUUUGCGGAGCUGGCCCAAUUGGACUUAUUACCUUAGCUGCGGCACGCGCAUCAGGUGCUCAUCCAAUUGUCAUAACCGACCUAGACUCUGACCGACUUGCGUUCGCAAGGACUUUCGUCCCGGGUUGCGUAACAUACAAAGUCAACCCGGAACUCGAACCACGAGCAAAUGGUAGAGUGAUCCGGGAGCUGUUUGGAGAUUUGGAGUAUGACUCCCCUGAGACUGUUCUGGAGUGUACGGGUGUUGAGAGCAGUAUCUGUACGGCGGCAUAUUCUGCUCGACGAGGGGGGAAAAUUGUUGUGAUCGGGGUGGGCAAGGAGAUUAUAAACAACUUGCCUUUUAUGCAUCUGUCACUUGCCGAGAUUGAUCUCAGGUUCGUCAACCGUUACCAUGACACAUGGCCACCGGCAAUUGCCUGCCUUAGCGGUGGCAUACUAGAUCUCAAGGGUCUCGUCACACACCGAAUUCCACUUGAAAGGGCAUCAGAUGCAAUGAGAAUUGCCGCCAAUCCUGAAGAAGCGAGUAUAAAGGUUAUGGUCGUUGAUGAAGUAGAUAUCACUUUGUAG